UUUGCAUUAACUUCCAAACCCCCACCACAAACACUUGUCUCUAUUUUACACUUUUUAACACCUCCCGCCCGCCACCUCGCUUUUUCAGUUUUUUCUCUCCUCAUUUUAUUCUUUCUCGUACUCCGAUGCUUUUCCGGUGACGUUAUCGUUGAAAUUAGGUUUUUUUCUCUCUCCUUUUACCUCCGACUAUGGCGGCUUCAUGGCGGCAGUUGAAGGCGAUGCUUCGUAAAAACUGGCUCCUCAAAAUUCGUCAUCCUUACGCUACUUUUGCUGAGAUAUUUCUUCCGACUGUUGUGAUGCUGAUGUUGAUUGCUGUUCGGACUCAAGUUGACACGCGUAUUCACCCAGCCCAACCGUAUAUUCGGGAAGGUAUGCUAGUGGAAGUUGGUAAAGGCGAUAUAUCUCAUCCCUUCGACGAGAUUUUGGAGUUAUUAUUGCAACAAAAAGAGUUUUUGGCUUUUACGCCCAAUUCAAAUGAGACAAGAAUCAUGAUCAACUUGCUGUCAUUACGGUUCCCCUUGUUGAAGUUGGUUGCUAGAGUGUACAAGGAUGAAUUGGAACUUGAAACCUAUAUUCGCUCAGAUUUGUAUGGUACCUGCAAUGAAGAGAAGAAGUGUCCAAAUCCCAAAAUCAGAGGGGCAGUGGUAUUUCACAGUCAAGGUCCUAAGUUAUUUGACUACAGUAUACGCCUUAAUCACACAUGGGCUUUCUCGGGGUUUCCUGAUGUCAAAACCAUCAUGGAUGUUGAUGGUCCUUAUCUGAAUGACUUGGAGCUGGGUGUGAACCCCGUCCCAAUUUUGCAGUAUGGAUUUAGUGGUUUCUUGACUCUUCAACAAGUUCUGGAUUCCUUCAUAAUAUAUGCUGCACAGGAAUCUGAUAUUAGCAGCAUCUCUGAUGGUUCUGGAGCUCCAGUGUUGAAAUCGGUUGACAUUCAAUCCGCACUGAAGUUUCCUUCAAUGCAAUUCGUUCCUUCAAACAUUAGGCUGGUUCCCUUUCCAACUCAUGAAUACACUGAUGAUGAGUUCCAAUCCAUUAUUAAGAAAGUCAUGGGAGUACUGUACCUGCUGGGUUUUCUGUACCCAAUAUCCCGCCUGAUAAGUUAUUCUGUCUUUGAAAAGGAGGAAAAAAUCAAGGACGGGCUUUACAUGAUGGGUCUUAAAAGUGAUAUAUUCCAAAUCUCAUGGUUUAUAACAUACACUCUUCAGUUUGCAGUCUCUUCUGGGAUCAUUACAGUUUUCACUAUGUGCUCUCUUUUCGAGUACAGUGAUAAGUCGCUGGUGUUUGUGUAUUUCUUUUUCUUUGGCCUGAGCGCUAUAACACUUUCUUUCUUAAUUUCCACAUUUUUCACAAGAGCUAAGACAGCUGUUGCAGUUGGGACACUCGCAUUUCUAGGAGCCUUUUUCCCGUAUUACACUGUCAACGAUCCAGGUGUAUCGAUGAUAUUAAAGGCUGCUGCAUCGUUGCUUUCUCCCACAGCCUUUGCAUUGGGAUCUAUAAACUUUGCGGAUUAUGAGAGAGCACAUGUUGGAUUGCGUUGGAGCAACAUAUGGCGUGAAUCAUCUGGAGUUAACUUUCUGCUCUGUCUGAGCAUGAUGCUGUUCGAUGCACUAUUAUAUGGUGCUAUUGGUAUAUACUUGGAUAAGGUACUCUCUAAAGAGGAUCAUGCACAUAUUUCAUGGAAACGUAUGUUGCCUAAAUGCCUAUGGAGAAAGAAAGAUUAUGCUAGGCCCUAUUCUUCUGGUUCUGGAUUGAAAGUGGAGGGUACAAGCUUGGAGAUGAAGCAACAAGAAGUUGAAGGCAGGUGCCUUCAAAUAAGGAAUCUUAAUAAAGUAUAUGCCUCGAAAAAGGGGAAUUGCUGUGCUGUUAAUUCACUGCAGCUGACUUUAUAUGAAAACCAGAUUUUCGCUCUUCUAGGACACAAUGGGGCUGGUAAGAGCACAACUAUCUCUAUGCUUGUUGGACUUAUUCCUCCAACUUCUGGGGAUGCUUUGGUUUUUGGAAGGAAUAUUUUGACAGAUAUGAAUGACAUACGCAAAGAUUUGGGAGUAUGCCCUCAAAGCGAUAUUCUUUUUCCUGAACUAAGUGUGAAAGAGCAUUUGGAAAUAUUUGGUGUACUGAAAGGCGUGAAAGAUGACGUUCUUGAGAGGGUUGUGAUUGAAAUGAUUGAUGAGGUUGGUCUCUCUGACAAAGUUAAUACCCUCGUCAGUUGUUUAUCUGGUGGUAUGAAAAGAAAACUUUCCUUGGGAAUUGCGCUUAUAGGAAACAGUAAGGUUAUUAUUCUUGACGAACCCACUAGUGGAAUGGAUCCUUAUUCAAUGCGCUUGACAUGGCAGCUAAUAAAGAAGGUUAAGAAAGGAAGAAUUGUAUUGUUGACAACGCACUCAAUGGAUGAAGCCGAAGCAUUGGGAGAUCGUAUAGCUAUCAUGGCAAAUGGUUCUUUGAAAUGUUGUGGAAGUUCCCUCUUCUUGAAACAUCAAUAUGGGGUUGGUUAUACCCUUACUUUAGUGAAGACUGCGCCAGGUGCCUCUUUUGCUGCAGAUAUUGUUCACCGGCAUAUACCUUCAGCCUCGGUAGUGAGUGAGGUGGGUACAGAGAUAUCAUUUAAGCUCCCUUUGACAUCAUCAUCUUGUUUUGAGGAUAUGUUCAAAGAACUUGAAUGUUGUAUGAAAAGGUCAACAUCAAACUCUGAAGCAGGUGCAAUCGAGACUGAAUGCACUGGUAUUGAAAGUUAUGGCAUCUCUGUUACAACCUUAGAAGAGGUAUUCUUGAGAGUGGCUGGGUCUGACCUUGAUGAAUUGGAGUCUGUAGACAAGAAAACAACUCUUCAUGAUUCUGUUGUUACUCCAGCAUCUGAAUAUUAUCCACCUAAAACAAGCUCCUUUGCAAAGCUUUGUGGAAGCUAUAAGGACUUCUUAAUGGUCAUGUGUCUUAUAGUGGGGAGGACCAUGAGAGUGUUCUUUGCUGCAGUCUGGUGUUUCAUUAGCUUUCUAUGUAUGCAAUUUUGUUGCACUUCUGUAAUUUCGAGGUCAGACUUUUGGAACCACUCAAAGGCAUUACUCAAAAAGAGAGCAAUAUCUGCUAGGCGAGAUCAGAAAACAAUUGUUUUUCAGCUUCUAAUUCCAGCGGUCUUCCUGCUUUUUGGACUUCUUUUCCUUCAACUCAAGCCACAUCCUGACCAGACGUCUGUAACAUUUACAACUUCAAACUUCAAUCCUCUAUUAAACGGUGGCGGUGGUGCUCCAAUUCCAUUUGAUCUAGCCUAUCCAAUUGCAGAAGAGAUUGCAUCAUGCAUUGACGGUGGCUGGAUUCAGGAGUUUAAACCAAGUACAUACAGGUUUCCAGAUUCAGAAAAGGCACUAUCAGAUGCCAUAGAGGCUGCUGGGCCAAAUUUGGGUCCACAAUUACUGUCUAUGAGUGAAUUUUUGAUGUCUAGCUUAAACGAAUCCUAUCAAUCAAGAUAUGGAGCUGUUAUCAUGGACAAGCCAAAUGAUGAUGGAAGUCUAAGCUAUACAAUACUGCACAACAGUACUUGCCAGCAUGCUGCUCCAACUUAUAUCAAUUUGAUGAAUUCAGCAAUCCUCAGGUUUGCUGUUUCUGAUAGAAACAUGUCAAUCCAAACGCGUAAUCAUCCUCUACCAAUGACAAAAAGCCAACACCUACAGCACCAUGACUUGGAUGCAUUCUCGGCUGCCAUUAUUGUCACCAUAGCUUUCUCUUUUAUUCCAGCGUCUUUUGCUGUUCCUAUAGUUAAGGAGCGUGAAGUAAAAGCUAAACACCAGCAGUUACUGAGUGGGGUAUCUAUACUAUCAUAUUGGGCCUCUACCUAUGUGUGGGACUUUAUCAGCUUCCUUUUACCGACAUCAUUUGCAGUUGUUCUAUUCUACAUCUUUGGUUUGGAUCAGUUUGUGGGAACUGGAGGUUUUUUCCCAACAGUCAUUAUCUUUCUGGAGUACGGACUAGCAGUUGCAUCUUCAACAUAUUGCAUGACAUUUUUUUUCUCUGACCACAGCGUCGCACAGAAUGUUGUUCUACUGGUCCACUUUUUCACCGGACUUAUUCUGAUGGUCAUCUCAUUUGUAAUGGGAGUUAUGGAAACAACUGCUUCAGCAAAUUCUCAUCUUAAGAACAUCUUCAGACUAUCACCUGGAUUCUGCUUUGCAGAUGGACUUGCAUCACUUGCCCUUGUACGCCAAGGGAUGAAAGAUAAAUCAAGUCAUGGGGUUCUUGACUGGAAUGUUACGGGUGCCUCUAUUUGCUAUUUAGGUUUUGAGAGCAUAUUCUUUUUCCUAUUAACGCUUGGACUUGAAGUUCUACCUCCUCGCAAAUUAUCGCCCAUUACAAUUAAAUUUUUCUGGAGAAGAAUUAAGAGUCUCUGCUGUGUGAAUAGACGGAACACCAACAAUGUUUUAGAUCCUUUAUUGGAUUCAUCUUCUGAUGCUAUGACCCUUGACCUUGAAGAGGAUAUGGAUGUCAAAGCAGAACGGAACAGGGUGGUUUCCGGUGCUGCAGAUAGGGCAAUAAUAUACUUGCGUAACCUGCGGAAGGUUUACCCAGGUGCAGAAGUUCAAAAUCCAAAAGUUGCAGUUGAUUCAUUAACUUUCGCUGUCCAUGAAGGAGAAUGUUUUGGCUUUCUAGGAACAAAUGGAGCGGGAAAGACGACCACAUUGUCAAUGUUGUCUGGAGAAGAAUUCCCUUCAGAGGGAACUGCUUUUAUAUUUGGAAAAGAUAUACGCUCAGAUCCCAAGGCUGCUCGUCAGCAUAUAGGUUACUGCCCCCAGUUCGAUGCUUUGUUAGAACAUUUGACGGUGAGGGAACAUCUUGAACUGUAUGCAAGGAUUAAAAAAGUAUCUGACGAUCGGAUUGAAGAGGUGGUUAUGGAGAAGAUAGUUGAAUUUGAUUUGUUGAAGCAUGCCAAUAAACCAUCUUUUACUCUCAGUGGGGGGAACAAGCGCAAGUUAUCUGUGGCAAUCGCAAUGAUUGGAGAUCCUCCAAUAGUCAUACUUGAUGAGCCAUCUACAGGCAUGGAUCCUAUAGCAAAAAGAUUCAUGUGGGAUGUCAUUUCCCACCUGUCUACAAGACGAGGGAGAACAGCAGUUAUACUCACUACACACAGCAUGAAUGAAGCUCAGGCACUGUGCACCAGGAUGGGAAUCAUGGUUGGGGGAAAGCUACGUUGUGUCGGAAGUCCCCAGCAUUUAAAGACACGAUUUGGAAAUCAUCUUGAACUGGAGGUGAAACCAACGGAAGUAAAAUCUGAGCAACUGGAAGCCCUGUCGCUGAUGAUUCAAGAGAAGCUCGCUAAAGUUCCAUCUCACCCUAAAAGCUUACUGGGGGACCUAGAGACUUGCAUUGGGACUGCUGAUGAUAUCACACCUUACAGUGUAUCUGUAGCUGAAAUUAGCUUGUCGAGGGACUUGAUAGUCAUGAUAGCUCGUUGGCUUGGCAAUGAAGAACGAGUAGGUGCCCUAAUAAAUUCAAGUGUGGCAUCUGAUGGGAUUCUGAGUGAACAAUUAUCAGAUCAACUGAUCCGUGAUGGGGGCAUUCCUUUACCGGUGUUCACUGAAUGGUGGUUGACAAAAGACAAGUUCACUGUAAUAGAGUCUUUUAUUCUAUCAUCAUUCCCCGGUGCUACUUUUCAGGGGUGCAAUGGAUUGAGUGCCAGAUACCAGUUACCGUUUGGGGAGGAUUUAUCAUUGGCAGAUGCUUUCGGUCACAUAGAACGAAACAGGACUCGAGUUGGCAUAGCAGAAUACAGCAUCAGUCAAUCCACUUUAGAGACAAUUUUUAAUCACUUUGCAGCCAACUCAUGAUGAUAUUACUGUGAUCUUGGAGCCUUCUUUAUCUUGUUGAGGGAUUUUCAAGGUUAGUGUCACUGACAUGCCCGUAAUAGGUAGAGGCGGUAGUGGUUUGUUCAUAAAAAUCUCAUUUUUACAGACAGCAAAUGUACAUAAUUCUUGAUUUUGUUCUUGUAUAACCAACUUAUUAAGUGUAAAAUUUUGGUGUAUAUUAUCAGCAAGUCCAUCUACUUGAAAUCA